AUGACUUCUUCAAAUACCAUUUCAACGCCACCUAUUCAAAUAAAUAUGAACGAUUUUAAUCAAGUAAUAAUUGAGACAUCGACAUCACCACCAGAUUUUAAAAUACAACUUGCAACCCCAAUAAGAAAAAAGGCUUCAAAUUUAUAUCUGAAUACUCUAUCAAAUAACUCACCGUCGAGACCUUUAUCUCCAUCAAAACUCAAUGUAUCAAAGUCACCUUCAAGAUCUUCUUCACCAACAAAUUUAAAUGUUCCGUUGAUUUAUGCAAGACCUUCUUCGCCUUCCAGAGAACAUCUUAAAAAUGCAACGAUGAAAUAUGUAGAUGAUUUAUUACUUAUAUUUUACGAAGCAGAUAUACGUAAGGUUGGAAAUUCUUUGUUCACUAAGUAG